AAGUAAGCAACCACUUGGUUGCCGGAGGCCGCACCAGCGCCCCGCCCCAGGCCAGCGCGGGCGCUCAGGCCUCGGCGGCGCGGUGAUGAACACCACGCACCGAACGGCGAAGCUACCGGCCUCCAGUCUCCAAACCCCGGUAAAUCCCAACACCGGAGCGCGGGUCGCCCUGUACGAAAACGAGGACUCGUUAGAGGCUUUGGCAGUAGCGGUGGCGGCGGCGGCCUUGAAGGAGGUGCAGGAAGAGGAGGAGAAGGCGGUGUCGCCGGCGCCGGCGUCGGCUGAUUUUAACACCAACAUUUCUGGAGUGGACGGACAUACAUCUAUAAGCUCUGAGGACUUUGUGGACUUAUCUGAUAUCUACCACUCUAAUGAAGAGUAUUUCAGAAAACUAGAAGAGCUGAAGACUGCACACAUGGAAACUAUGGCAAAGUUAGAGAAAAUGUACCAGAAUAAAUUAAAUUUAAAGGGAAUUCAGCCAGUGAUCAUCAGGGAAGGUGCUCCUAGUAUCUCUUCCAGAUCUGUAUCAGAAAAAAACUUCCAUCACUCCGAAUCUUUAAUGCCAUCGCAUUCAGAGCCUGAUUUAGGCCAGUCUUACUCCUCGUGUAGGUCUUCCUCUGAAGAUGAGUUGCCCAACCUAGAAAAGGAGUACCCUGAGGAAAACAAAAUGAUGGCCUAUGCUAGGGAGCUCAUCAACAACAUGUGGACAGACUUUUCUGUUGAAGAUUUUAUUCAGCGUAAAGAUCCUGACUUCCCAGCAGUUGAAAAAACAAGGAAGAAACCAAAAGAAUGGGUGCCAAAGAUUACAGUACCAGAGCCCUUUCAAAUGAUGAUUAGAGAAGAGAAGAAAAAAGAAGAGAAAAUGAAAUCCAAGUCAGAUAUUGAAAUGGCACGCAACCUGUUCAAAAAACAAGAAGACGAUGCAGAGCAUCAGAAGAAAUUCCGAGCCAAUCCAGUUCCUGCAUAUGUCUUUCUCCCACUUUAUCACGAUAUAGUCAAGCAAAAUGAAGAACGGAGAAGGUAUAUGAAGGAGAAAAAUAAACAAGCUAUUUUGGCCUCACAAAAGCCAUUUAAGUUUAUUGCAAGGGAGGAACAGAAGCAAGCAGCCCGGGAAAAGCAGCUGAGAGAUUUUUUGAAGUCUAAAAAGAAACCAAAUCGAUUUAAAGCCAGACCUAUACCUCGAUCUACUUAUGGGUCAAAUUCCAGUGACAGAUUAAAAGAAGAAGAGAUCUAUAGAAACAUUAGGAAGCAACUGAGAGCCCAAGAACUUCUACAGAAUUCGUCCCCUCUGCCAGGUAGACCAGUUCGUAGAAGUCUUGCUACAAGGAAAUCCAAAAGUCCUGAAGAGGCUGAUAAAUGGAAAGGUAAACACAAGGUCAGGUACCAGACUCCUGAUUUGGAAGACCUUCCUGAGAAAUAUCAGAAAUACCUCUCAGAUCAUAGGUAUUCAAAACUCCUAACAGUUUGCGAACCAUUUGAUCUUACCGCAUCCCCACAUGCAUCCUCUAAAAGAGGGAAAAUUUUGGCAGACAUGGAAGCAGAUGAAGAAAAUUUAAAAGAAACACGAUGGCCUUAUCUGUCUCCAAGGCACAAGUUGCCAGUAAAAGGUGCAAGUGCAAAGCCUGUGCCUUGGGACUGCAACCUUCCAAGGCCUACAGAAUCUUCCAGAGGAAGAGAACAAGCCAUAAGGAGAUCACUUGAGGAAAAGAAAAUGUUGGAAGAAGAGAGAAAUCGGAUGCUAUCUAAGCAGAAGCAAAGAAUGAAAGAAUUGCAGAAACUCCUGACAACCCGGGCUAAGGCUUAUGACUCACACCAGAGUUUAGCUCAAAUGUCUAAAUCCAGAGUAAAAUCUCUCAGAAAGAGUGAAAAGGAAAGGAUGAGAGAAUACCGCCAAGAGCUAGAAGAAAGAGAAGAAAAAUUAAAAAAGAGGCCACUACUUUUUGAAAGAGUUGCUCAGAAAAAUGCGAGAAUGGCAGCAGAGAGGCAUUAUUCUAACACCUUAAAAGCACUAGGAAUGUGUGAUGAGUUUGUUUUAAAGAAAGGCCAAAGUGGAAAAAUAUUUGAGUACUUCAGCAAUCAAGAGAUGAAAAGUUUCACUGAAGAUAAAGAAAGCUUUAAUGAAGAAAAAAUGGAAGAAAGAGAGAAUGGGGAAGAAAAUUAUUUUAUUGAUACCAACAGCCAGGAUUCUUGCAAGGAAAAAGAUGAAGCCAAUGAAGAAAGUGAAGAGGAGAUAUCUGCUGAAUGAAACUGAAUCAGCAAGGCCUCCUGUCUGUGCCCUUGCUGUUUGUUGUUUGCAGCAUCAGGUUGUCAUCAUCUGCACUUGUGGUGUUAAGAUCAUCUCUGGAAACAUCCCUGCUAUGUGUAGGGCUGUUGAGCAAAGUUGUCUGUAGACUGAAAAGGCCGAAUCCAUCUGAAUGGUUCUUUAGUCAGGUAGAGUAAGGCUUUGCCUGUUUGGUUUUUUAUUCGCUAGAUAUGAUGUCUAUCUGAACCUUUGACUUUACUUGUAUUUAAAAGUGUCUGAGAAUCACAGCUGUCACAAACUGAUUAAAUAUAAAAAUAUACAUUACUUAUUUUUUUUUUUUUUUGAUGGGAGAGAGGCUUAGUGUUGAGAGCAGAGAGAACUAUUGGCCUUUGGAGAUUUGUUUGAAAAUUUUUUUUAUGGAAAGCAAGAAUCAAUAAAUAUUUUUAAACUUUA